AUGCUGCUCUGGUUUCUGCGUGUGUCCCCAAGCGCCGCGGGGCUCCUCGAGCUCCAGCCCCAUCUCCCUGCCGCUAGUGCGGGGCCGGGAGGGUGCCCCGUGCCCCUCUGCGCUCCCGGCCCGCCCCUGCCCGCCUCCUGCCCGCUGCUGCCGGCGGGGCGGAGCGGCGGAGCGGGCGGAGCGCGGCGGGCGGAGCGGGGCCGGGCGGGCAGCGCCGGCGGCGGCAGCGCGGAGCUCUUUCCCCAGAGCUUUGCAGCCCUGCUCCCAGACAUGGCACCUGGGAAGCCUGGGAAGAGCGCGGGGGCCUCAGAGAACCCCUCGGUUACGCUUUUCCGGGAGUACCUGAGGAUUGACACUGUCCACCCUAAACCUGACUACGAUGCAGCUGUCCAGUUUCUGGAACGUGUCGGCACCGAGCUGGGCUUGGCCUGCCAGAAAGUGGAGGUGUGCCAGGGCCGUGUGGUGCUGGUCCUGACGUGGCAGGGCACGAACCCCCGCCUGCGCUCCAUCCUCCUCAACUCCCACACUGACGUUGUGCCUGUCUUCGAGGAGCACUGGACCUAUCCCCCCUUCGAGGCAGUUAAAGACUCACAAGGCAACAUCUACGCCCGGGGUGCCCAGGACAUGAAGUGCGUCUCCAUCCAGUACCUUGAGGCCAUCCGGAGGCUGAAGACAGAAGGGAAAUCUUUUGCCCGCACCAUCCACCUCACCUUUGUGCCUGAUGAGGAGGUGGGAGGACACAAGGGCAUGGAGAUGUUCGUGCAGCGCCCUGAGUUUAAAGCACUCAACGUGGGCUUUGCCAUGGAUGAGGGCCUGGCCAGCCCAUCUGACACCUUCAGUGUCUUCUAUGGUGAGAGGAGCCCAUGGUGGAUAAAGGUGAAGUGCGCGGGUAGCCCCGGGCAUGGGUCCCGCUUCAUCAGCAACACGGCAGCUGAGAAGCUGCACAAAGUCAUCACCUCCUUCCUGGCCUUCAGGGAGAGCGAGAAGCAGAGGCUCAAGUCCGACUCAAGCCUGACCCUGGGGGAUGUCACCUCUCUCAACAUGACCAUGCUGGAGGGGGGUGUCUCCUUCAACGUGGUGCCCUCCGAGAUGGCUGCCAGCUUUGACAUCCGCAUCCCACCCACCGUGGACCUGAAGGCCUUCGAGAAGCAGGUGGCCACGUGGUGCCGUGAUGCUGGGGAAGGUGUCACCUUUGAGUUCCACCAGAAAUGCAUGGACCAACACAUCACCUCCACUGAGGACUCGGACCCAUGGUGGAAGGCCUUCAGUGGGGUCUGCAGGGACAUGAAGCUGCAGCUCAAGCUGGAGAUCUUCCCAGCUGCCACUGACAGCCGCUACAUCCGAGCGGCAGGACACCCUGCUAUUGGCUUUUCCCCCAUGAACCGCACACCGGUGCUGCUCCAUGACCACAACGAGUUCCUGAACGAGCAAAUCUUCCUGCGGGGCAUCGAGAUCUACGCCCGCCUCCUGACUGCCCUGGCCUCAGUGCCCCCGCUGCCCACGGAGGGCUGAGCGCCUGGCGAGGGGCAGGGAGUGCCAAGCAGAGAGACACAGGCUUUAAAAAGAGGGGCAGGGGCUCUGGGCACAGCAAAUACCUGCUCUGGUGCUGGGCAUGUAGAUGGCAUCGUGCCAUGUUGGCUGUGUUCAGGGCUGGCCUGAUGGGGACACCCACAGGGUUGUGUCCCCCGUGGUCAGGUGCCAGCAGAGCCUCGUGCCCAGGUGCCUCCAGCCUUUCCUGGUGUUGUCAGUGCCUCCCCCUCUCCCUGUGCCAUCUCUGGCUGCACUGGCUGGGUGGUGAGGGGCUGGCCAGUGCCCCACUCUGCCUCCCCAUGCCUGGUCCUGCCUCCCUGCCCCCUUGCUGGGGGAGCUGGGGCCAGUGCUGCCCACUCUCCCUAUCAAUAAAUCUCAGUG